CAAAAAGAAAAAAUUCGCGGCUUUCAUAAUUGCUGCUCUCCUCCGCAAAAAAAAACCGACACGGAAAAUUAAAUUAAAUAAAAAAAAAAAUAAUAAUACUCCACUGACGAUUUAACCGAUUGUGUGGAAAUUAAUUUGUUUUUUCUUCUUUUUUAUUUUUAUUUAAUUUUCGGCCGGGAAUUUCCAUUUUUCCUCCUCUCGGACAAACUCUCCAAAGAAGCAGCGUUUUUACUUUUAUUAUCAGCUUUGUGUGUGACAGUCACAGGCAGCAGCAAGCAAGAAGCCCGUAAAUUUAUAACAAAAUAAUGGAAAAGAGGAUAGAACUUGAACGGAGAGCACGUCGUGCCAAUCAAAUCACAGAGCUCAAUUUAGACAACUGCAGAAGUACCAGUAUCGUUGGUCUCACAGAUGAAUAUACCGCCUUGGAAUCCUUGAGUCUUAUCAAUGUUGGUCUUACCACAUUAAAAGGUUUCCCAAAGCUCCCCAACUUGAAGAGAUUGGAACUCUCCGAUAACAGAAUAUCGAAUGGGCUAAAUUAUCUUACAACAAGUCCAAAAUUAGCCUAUCUUAAUCUUUCUGGAAAUAAAAUCAAAGAUUUAGAAGCCCUUAAACCCUUGGAAGCGUUUGAAAAUCUUGCGGUUUUGGAUCUCUUUAAUAAUGAGGCCACACAAAUUGAGAAUUAUCGUGAAAAAAUCUUUGAAAUGUUACCAUCGCUAGAAUUUUUAGAUGGAUUUGAUGCCAAUGAUGUGGAAGCUCCAUCAGAAGGCGACGAUGAUGAUGAAGUUAAUGGAAACGAUUCUGAUGACGGGAAAAAUGCAUUUUGUAUAAACGGUUUAGAAAUAGAUUUGGACGAGUUAGAUAAAUUUGAGAAACGGGUUAAAGCCAAAAACUCGUCAAAAACAAAUGAAAACACCCAAAAUCUUCCAUCGUCCAAUGAAACAGAUGACUUGGAUGAAUAUCUAAAAGAAUUAAAACUUAAAGAGUCAUCAGAAACAAAUAAUGCUUCCACUACAAAUAAUUGUGAAAAUACAGUAGCAACCAUAGAUUCUUCCACAUCUCAACAAGCUCCUCCAAUGAAUUUUGCACUUUUACUAUAUUGGUUCUUUGCAUUGCUGAAUUUAGUUAAUGCAGCACAUUUUUCCGACGAGAUGGUCGAUGAUGAGGAUGAUGGAGAAGAUGGCGAUGAUGAUGAGGAAGAUGACAGCGAUGACGAAGAUAAUGGUGAUGUGUCAUUAGCUGAGGUCUAUAAUGAUGAUCUGGAAGAAGAUAAUUCAGAAUGGGAUGAAGAAGAUGGAGCAGAUGACGAUGAUGAUGAUGAAUCUGACGAAGAAGAAGCCGAUGGUGAAGCUGCUCCCGCUGCUGCUGCUGCCGAUCCAUCUGCAGAACAAAAAGAAACGGAAACAGGGGAAGAACCACAAUCCCGAGGAAAGAAGAGAAAACAUGAUGGUUAAAUAAGUUUUACAUUGUGUUUUAUUUUUUUUUAAUUUAUAAAAAGAAAAAUUAAAACAUAAUACAAACAAAAAAAAAUCAAACUAAUAAUAGGAAGGAUUUCAUUGAAACAAAAAAAAAAAAAAAGAAACAACAAACAAA